AUCGCAAUUAUUUCGAUCAUAAUCUUGAUCAUGCUGUUUUCUGUUCAACGCUUCGGCAUAGAUAAAGUGGGUUAUGCGUUUGCGCCUAUUAUCCUACUCUGGUUCAGUCUUAUUGGUGGUAUUGGCCUGUACAAUUUAUUCAAGUAUGAUGUGACAGUUUUGCGCGCAUUCAAUCCAAUGUACAUUAUAGACUAUUUCAAGAGAAAUGGAAAAGAAGGAUGGAUCUCCCUUGGAGGUGUUGUGCUUUGCAUUACAGGUGCUGAAGCAAUGUUGGGCCACUUCAAUGUUAGAGCUAUUCAGAUUAGCUUCGUCGGGGCUUUGCUCCCUGCAGUAUCACUAGCAUAUAUAUACAUCGGGCAAGCUGCAUAUCUAACCAAAUAUCCGGAAAAUGUUGCUGACACUUUCUACAAAUCACUUCCAGGUCCAUUAUUCUGGCCAACAUUUGUACUCGCUAUUGCUGCUGCCAUUAUUGACCAAGCUGUGAUAGCUUGUGUAUUUUCAAUCAUAGCACAGGCUCAAACUCUAGGUUGCUUUCCAAGAGUUAAGGUUGUCCACACUUCUCCGAAGUAUGAAGGACAAGUGUACAUUCCAGAAUUAAACAUUGCGCUGAUGACCGCUUGUAUAUUAGUGACGGGGAGCUUCAGAACAACAGAACAUAUAGGCAAUGCCUAUGGAAUUGCUGUUCUUUGUGAUAUGACUAUCACAACAUGUUUGGUCACUCUAAUAAUGGUCAUGAUAUGGAAAAAGAGCAUUUGGCAAAUAUUACCAUUCUUUGUCGUUUUUGGCGGAGCAGAGCUUACAUAUCUAUCUUCAGUCCUAUCCAAAUUUGUUCAAGGUGGCUUCCUCCCGCUCGUCUUCUCAUUUUUCCUCAUGCAGAUCAUGGCCAUAUGGCACUACGUACAUGUCAAAAGAUACAAAUUUGAGGUUGAGAACAAAAUAUCCAACACUUACAUAAAAGACUUGGCUCUUAGACAGGACAUAAAAAGGAUCUCUGGGGUUGGAUUUCUGUAUUCGGAAUUGGCGUCGCUAAAAGUUAUAUUUUUUACGACGCUUUAUUAUUUCUCCGCGUCGCCAAAACCCAACCCCCCGCUCCCCCAAAUUUCCCCACUCGUACAAGGGAGGGAAAAUUUCCCCCUUUUAUUUUCACGAAGAGCCCCUACCCCCCCCGUCUCUCAUCAAAAAUUCACCAUCGUCUACCUGUUAGGAGAAACUGAAGUGGUUGCAGGAAAGAAUUCUUCGAUUAUUAAGAGAAUAGUUGUCGAUUAUGUUUACAACUUCAUGAGGAGAAACUUUCGGCAGGGAGGAGAGGCUAUGAAGAUUCCAAGGAGUAAGUUACUCAAGGUGGGAAUGACCUAUGAGAUAUAAGUUAACGGCAGGCAUCACCUAAUUUGUCUAUACAGUUUCUUUUGCUUUUAAUCAACAAGAAUGUUGUUGCUGAGGAGCGUAUGAAUAAAUGAUGUUUGAUGUGUCAGAGUUUUGUA